GAGGGUUUGUUUCAACUAUUGUGGUGUGAUCGGCUGCGUUUCAUCACGCGAGAAAAAAUUGAUAACGUGACUACGGCAGCAGACGCCCCAGAGGAAAGGGUGCCUCCCGCAGCAGGCCCUCAACAAACGGCAGAAAGUGGGAUGGGAGAAGCGGAUUGGCGGCCUUUCGUAUAUGGAGGUCUUGCUUCCUGCGCAGCCGAAUUCGGUACAUUUCCAAUUGAUACUACGAAGACUCGUCUGCAAAUUCAGGGGCAGAAAAUUGAUAGCAACUAUGCUGAGCUCAAGUAUCGUGGAAUGAUUGAUGCUUUUUGUAAGAUAACAAAGAAAGAAGGUUUUGGGGCAUUAUACGCUGGUAUUUGGCCCGCUGUUCUAAGGCAAGCCACCUACGGCACGAUAAAAUUUGGCACGUAUUAUUCGUUGAAACGCAUUGUUUCGCAAGGCAAGGAAGAUGACGUUGCCGUCAAUGUGUGUUGUGCAGUUAUUGCAGGCAUGGUCUCCAGUGCAAUUGCCAAUCCAACAGAUGUACUUAAGGUGCGCAUGCAAGUGCUGGGUGGCCAGAGAGGAUUGCUUGACUGUUUCCAAGAAGUUUAUCGGUAUGAAGGAGUUGGUGGGCUGUGGAGGGGUGUUGGACCCACAGCCCAACGAGCAGCAGUCAUUGCGGCUGUGGAAUUGCCUGUUUAUGACUUGUGUAAACAACACCUAAUGACAACAUUUGGCGAUCAUGUUGCUAAUCACUUUAUUUCCAGUUUCAUAGCAAGCCUUGGUAGUGCAGUAGCAUCAACACCAAUUGAUGUUGUACGUACAAGGCUGAUGAACCAGAGGAAACUUAAAGCUGUAACCCGUGAUACCAAAUCUGUUCGCAUAUAUACUGGCAGUAUUGAUUGCCUUGUCCAGACAGUGAAGAAUGAAGGAUUUCUUGCCUUAUACAAAGGCUUUAUUCCCACAUGGGUUCGAAUGGGGCCCUGGAAUAUCAUAUUCUUUGUAACUUAUGAACAGCUGAAGCAGUUGUACUGAGGAGCAUUCUACUCAUGUCAUUUACAGCAUUUACCAAACACAAUACUUAUUAUUUAUUUUACACUGUUCUUUUAAGUAUUUUGCUUGUAGAACACAGCCCAAAGGUUCAUAUUUUUAAGAGUGGUCAAAGCAUUGUGUUUGUUGCAUUUUCAGAUUGUGCUAUUUAUGUAGUCAAAGCUUUAAUUUGUGGCAGUGAAUCUCACUUUUCAUUUUCCAUUUUUGUCAUUGUUUUUGAAGAAGUUAUCCUUUCUUGUUAAAGGUAACAUACAGAUGACUAAAAAAUAAAUAAAAAUACAGUAUUUGAUACACACAUCUGAAAUCUAUGUUCAAAGAAAUGACAUACAUCAAGAAACAGCAGGUUUCAAAGUCAGAAGAGUCAGUUUCUAAUCAUUGUACAAUGUUUCAUAGAAAAAGUAUUAUGCACAGUAUUCCUGUAAAGUGACGGACCUUUACAUUUAAUGUGUAGUACUGUUCCAGAUAUUCUAAUGAAUCACCUGAGAAUUGGGAAUUCUAUGUUUGGAUUAACUAUGUUUAUUAGUACUUAAGUUAGGCCUUAUAAUGAGGUCCAGUAUCUGUUGACAAAAGAGGAACUGUGAUAUGUCAAAAAUUGUAUUGCGUAGAUACUUUUUUUAAUUCCAUUGUAACAUCAAAUUGGUUGCAUUUGAACAGAAUUUUGUUUCAAUAUUGUUAUACGCUUUUGAUAAAAAAAUUUCAUUUCACGGAAUUACACUAAAUAUAACAUUUUAAAAAACUUUUUUAUUUAACUUAUAACAGUAUGUAUUUAUACUGUUUUCUUACUUUGAAGACUGAAAAAUUUCAAGUAGUGUUCAGAGCAUUAGAUGCUCUUGACUAUUCUUGUGUAGCAACUGCUGGUCAGUUUGCCUUAAGUAAGUGAUGUGACUCAUUUCCAAAGAUUUAAAGAACAAGUGGCAGACAAAGAAUGACACUUAAGUGUUGCAAUCAUUGUUCACAACUGAUUGGAUAUAAAGGUUCCUUCAAUUGCAUAAA